AUGAGUCGAAGACACAUUCGACCAGCCCUGUAUCAAACAUCGCAAAUCAUCGACGGUAGUCCACACAUUUUUGCGGGCAACUACAGCCCCCCUACGCAGCCCUUUAACAGUAACAAUGCGACCCUGGAGUACCAAUCUGUUGGGAGUCUUCAGGCCUUUCAGCAGUUCCACGCAACCAUUGGUAGUAGCGAAGUAACAAUCUCAUUAAACUACGGUACUACGAUCAAGGGACCCCUUGACUUCCCCAUUAGCCCUCCAUCUCGAGUUGAUGGCUCGGGAGGUUAG